AUGUUUGACAGAAAACAAGAAGUGACAUCGGGUUAUGAGCGGGAUUCAAAAGAAGUCGUUGAGGGAACCGACGGCGCGCACGCGGAAGGGUACGCGCCGGAGUCGUCGGUGGAGCAGACCCACGAACAUGCGAUUCCUAACCACACCGCGGCUAACCGAGAAGAAUCUAACAACGCCGUCGUGGCUGCCGAUCAUUUCGACCCAACAACGGAGCAGGUUUAUUAUUACCAGGAUGAGGAUGGUAAUUAUUAUUGCUAUACCAGCCCACCGGUAGAGCCUGGGAAUGAGAUAUGCGAUAGUGCCCCUGCCUAUGUUGCGCCUGAGAAUUUGUCUAAAUAUCAGGAGUAUAUAAACUGGAAACCGCGCAAAUAUGGCCUUUUCAUUGAUCUUAUAGUCUAUACCUUUACAUCCAUUCUGUUUAAGCUCUAUCUUACGAUUCUUCUUUAUUCUGCGGGAGUGCUUAUUACUCUAAUAGGAUGGAACUAUACCUUUUCUGUGCUCUACCAUAUUUACAACCCACCCUUCAAAGACAAUGAAACCAUGCAAGUGAUUUGUUACUUGUCGAUCUUCUUUUAUCUGACCUUUGCCAUAGUAAAUAUCAUUUGUGUGUUGUUAGACAUGUUUAAAAAUAUUUGGGUGCUAAACUUUGAGGAUAUCCAAUUUUGGGGGAUGUCUCACAAGAGUAUCUCAAAGCAGGGUCCGCCAUAUUUGGUGUACCUCACAAUUUUUACCGCAACGGUUAUCGUACCCCUCAUAUGGAGUAUGAUUGAUGCCGCUCGAAACAAUAAUACAGUACUGUAUUGGCUACAGUGCUACGCGGCUGUUGCGGUUAUUGUUACCAUAUUUGUAGUGUUGAUGUGUUAUGCGUGGUUCUACUGGCGGUCCAUAGUGUACAAAGGGUCCGCUUUACAGAAUUACACGAAUUGGGACGAAUUCCCCCAUCACAAAGAGACGUAUGGGUAUCAUCCCGAGAAAAAGAGAAAAGCUCACUGGUAUAAUGCUCGGACCGUACUCGAGGAAUUCGGUUUAGACAAAGCGUCUGUGAGGUGCGAUUCGUUCGUCUUCACGGUUGGGUGCAUUCCAUUUUUUACCAUUUGUGCUGUACAGGCCUUAAGCACUUACACCGGGGAUCCUUCGGUGCGGUGGGGCAUGAUCGGUUCCUUGGCACUGGUCGGUAUCUAUACCCUCACUUGGCUCUCUUUAUUUCGACGAAAAAACUACUUGUAUGUUUACACGUCAUUAUCUCUAAAUUUCUGUUUCCUUGGCCUUGGCAUAGUUGGGGGCCUUAGCACCACAAAUCCAUUCUUGGGUGCAAUCGUAUGUUUGCUUUGGUUUCUAUCCCAAUACAUGCUGAUUCGUAGACGGACAUACGCACUGUCUGAUAAGGAGCUGCGCAAAAUGCUUGAAAUUCCGCUUGAUUAUCAACUGGACGAGACGAAACAGGAAGCAAAGAUGAAAUCCUAUUUUUUUUCCUGUAUUGACAUCAUUUUAGAUUAUAUCAGCUGCUUAAGCGAGAAUAUAAACUUUCAGCACAAGCAUCCUGAUGUGCACGCUGCGGAGGAAAGUAUUAGCGUUGCACGAGUGGCCCUGAGAAGCGAUCAAAAAGUUCUUCUACUGUGGUGGUUUUUUGUCUUGUUUGGUGUGGCAUUUGUCAUUGGGAUUGGAAAUGAAGUUCGGUAUAUUCCCGAUGGGAAUAUCGCGCUACUAGCGAGUACAGCACAAGCGGGGACUAAUCCAAAUUCUGCUAUAUGUCAAAUAGUAUACAAUAGGAACGGCGCUGUUCCUCUCAAAGUCUACGAUUUAGCGUUAUUAAGCGCAUUAUCUUUCACUUAUUCUACGUUCAGUGACCAGGACUUUGCCACGUGGUUCUCACAUCAGAAAGACUUUACGCGCAUACAUCCUCAGAAGUUCCCUCCUACACUUAACUAUGAAACGGAUGGUACGGCUAUUCGCUAUUCCGUUUAUGAAGACAAAUCAUCGGGGUUUUAUGUUAUCACGCUCAACUCCAAUAGUAGAGGUCUGUCUAUUUUUCGGGACAUCAAUGAUUGGGGGGAGUCGAUUAUCCUGAGAGUUGCGGGUGCUGUUACUCCGUUAAUAAGCCUUUGGCCAGAUAGCUAUAAAAAAAGCUUUGUUCAGAACACAAAAUUAUUCAAAGAUUGGUUAUCGCACUCAAAAGACCUUGAUAACGUGAAAAAGGCUAUCGAAAUUUUCAUUCAGAAGGGGCUUAAAAAUAACGUUCUCUUGGUGGGUGAGCAAUUCAACGGGGGCUACGUAAAACUGCUCUCAGACGAAUACGGCAUCCCUUUUUUUGUCUUUAAUCCUCCUGGUGUAGGAUAUAAACUUUCAUCUAUCCUCAAUGGCACCCAAAUGUCAGCAGUGCGGGGGUUGUGGUCGUACGUGGAUUCCAUCGAAGAUUCUGAUGCAGUUAUACAUUAUUCAUGUGAUAACUCCCAUUCAUCGAAUUAUUGCAUCCGUAUAACCGCUGUAAUUGAUUACAUUUACAAGCUUUGCGGUGAUCCUUACAAGAGGAUCAUUCACAAUAUUUAG